AUGGCCAGCGAGGCAGCAGCCGCGGCUUCACUAGAGCCAGACAUUCGACUUGCCCAAGCAAUCUCGAUGCUUUUGGCUGAUCUUUCCGAUGAGGAAAGGCUUUCAUUUGAAACGCAUCAAGAUAAUUUCUUACCUCCGACGAUCACAGAUGUCAUGAGAGUAGUAGCCAAAGUUGAUAUAGUUGCAGGAGGAAAACAGAAAGGUGGUGGUCGGACUUUUGGACCACGGCUGACCGGUUUCUUGGAAGCUGUGCAGGAGUUCGCCUCUAUCGGAGAGGUCGAGCUGGGCGGAUCUAUGUCGUUGCUUGCGACAAGUGUCUGGUUGAUUGUAUGCUUGACGCUCACGAUUCUUGCGGAGUAUCCUCGCUGGCUGGAGAAGGCAUCUAUGACGCUUAUGAGCGCUGGUCGCAACGCACCCCGUCGCAUGGAAAUAAGAUUGUUUUACGCACGGUCUAAAAAGCUUCAAUCAUUUCUUCAUGAAUAUUUCGGCGUCGUUGUCCAUACAUGCCACUACAUAGUCAAGUCGCUACGAAGCUCAGUCUUUGCAAAGGCUAUAUCCUUCCUCAUGGACUCUAAACUGAAAGGUUACGAGUCAGAUCUCGAGCGGUGGGCAGCAAAGAUUCGGGAGGAAAUGAUGAUUCUCCAAUUCCAACCAGCUCCCCUACAAACUGGCGGCUUUGCGAACAUCUUUGAUUUUGGCAAAUCCAAGUCGCAACCAAACAGUCUCGCUCACAAUGUUGAAGUCGUUGAAAGAUAUUCAACAUACGACUACUUGACUCCGUGGCUAAAGAUACGGAAGUCUGGAACCACUGAUUUGUUUAAACUUCUCCCUGAGUAUCAAAGUUUCCUUGCCUGCAAUGACUCUUCUACUUUGCUCUACUCAGGACGGCCAGGAGCAGGAAAGACGGUCAUACUCGCCAACAUGGUCAGUGACCUGAUUCAGAGGCAGUCUGGAAAUUCUCAAAUCGCUUUUUUCUUUUGUCAGUGGGAUAAAAACAAUUCGCUACUAGCCCUUACUAUUCUUUACUCCUUGUAUCGACAACUUGCCAAGGACCGUCAAGAUAGGGUCCUGUUUCUCGAAAACCUACAUACCGAUUCGUUUGAUACCAGACUGAUGACGAAAGCAUUGGGCGAUGCCCUAAAGACCAACAAGAAGACAUACAUAGUCGUUGAUGGACUUGAUGGGUGUAAAGACACAGAGCGGAGUAAGGUGAUCAACGUGCUUCAAGGGCUUCAAAUCUAUUCACCACUCUCAAUUUGUCUCUCGUCAAGACCAGGAAUCUUGAGUCACAUCGGCUGGGCAGGACUUCAUUCAAUCUACAUCCCAGAAGAUAAUCCUGAUAUCGAAUUGUAUGUGGACUCCGAACUAUCAUCGCGGUUCGAGCGCGGGGAGUUGGUAGUUGGGCAUCCUGCUCUUGAGGGUAAGAUCAGAUCUGCCUUGAAAACCUCCGCGAACGGGAACUUCGUCUGGGUAAAACGUCAAAUAGAUCUGCUAUGUGAAAAGAACACGGACAAUGAUAUACGCCAAUUACUUGUUGACUUUACAAAAGGUUCUUUCGAUGCUAGCGAUACUGAGGUAUUGCCCGCCCCGACUACGCCAGUUGCCCCUUCAGCUUUCACGGACUCGGCAUAUGCGUCCGCAUCUUUCACAAACAGGAGCGGAAAGAACCCAUACGAUGAUACGGGGGUUGAAGAGUCCUUGCACGGUCCGGAUGGCCACGCUGUCGAUGACUCGGCCACUGAAUAUUCCGACGUCUCAAGUACCACGUUCUCCAGAAAGCGUCUAUACAUAUCAGAGCUAGCUACCGACCUUUACAAUAGAGUCAGCUCUGCAUCUUCCAACACAGGGCAAAGAACUCAAGUGAACAUAUCUGAUACGCUGCCAAGCCUUCUCAAGGCUUUCGCUCUGAAGAUUGGGUAUUGUGCAACCACCCAGAUGCAUCGAGAUGUCAUGGCCUUUGUUCACAGGCACAGAAGUGAGAUUACUGCAGCCUUUUUGGAGAUCAGUCUUAGCCAAAGUGAGGUUGAGCCUGGCGAGAUAAGAGACCAGUCAGGCUCUAUGAGUUUGCAGGAGCGUAUGGACCUCUGGGAUAAAAACGAAGAUUUGGACGGAACGUCAGUCGAAGAAGGUUUGGAAAGUCUCGAAAUAUGGGAACGGGAUGAGGAGGAUAUGUAUGAAGAUUCUGACAUUUGGGUUGCGGCAUACCGAGACUUCGCACCUAACACGGAAGCUUACACAUGGUUACUGACCCAGCUCCAAAGAGAUAUGGAUUCUACCCUGCAAGAACUACCCGCGAUUCAGCUUAUUCGAGAUCAGAUAUUAUCUUCACUUCCACCACCUCACAGAGUCAGCAGGAGCAUAGCAUCUGAGCCUUGCAGCGUGUUAUUUGAGAUUGACUGGGAUAUUCUUGAGUUCUUUGACUCACAAGACUACUCCAAGCCCCCAAACGAAGCACUUCCCGGAGUCAUUACUCUCACCGGAUCUUCUUCCGACGCACAAGCUUCAAACUGCGCUCAGUUCUUAAAGCAGACUUGGCCCGUCACAGGGGACAUGAUGUUGUACCUCAUACGCGACUUACUAAAGCUAGAGCAGGGUGGUCCACAUCGCACCCGCUUACCAGAUGGUACAAGACUAUCCGCCUGGAUAAAGGAGUCAAAGCUUAUGGUGGAGAUGGAUGGGUCCGCAGCUUCCAUCUCAGAGACUGGAGAGCAACUUGCCUGGCUGGGAGCGGCUUUGAGGAGUUCGCCACGCCAAAAGGGGCUGGUUUACUGCACUCCUUCUAUUGGAUCCAUGUACCCGAGUCGGGUAAUGCCGCAGGCUGUCGUCUUUGAAAUCGCAUUCGAGGUAGAACAACUUCCGGAAUCACCAGGUAUCGCUAACGGUCAUUGCUGGCAUGGCAUCUUCAAGAACCCCAUCAUCGUGAAAGGUUUUCCCAUUCUGCCGAAACUUCAGAAGAACACCGGCCUCGAGAUACCUCUGAACCUCAUGGCAGGUUUAGCUCGAGCAACACGUGUUGACCAGUUCAAUGACAAGGUCUACGUAAAGGGCUUCUCGACAAUGCUCGUACCGACUAAGCAAUUCAAAGAUGUGGUCUAUUGGCAUUUGAUUUAUCAAGAAGACGGAUGCCGCAUAUCGUAUCUGGCUGACAAUCUACACCGAGACGACGAUGUUGGAUCAUUGAAUCUUGCAAGUUGCCGCCACAUUUUAGGGUGGUGCUCUGAAGCUAAGUUCUAUGCUGGAUCGGCUCAGGCACGGUACGAUGUUAGACAUUCAGAGCUUCCGAAGCCACACUCACAAUGUGCUCUUGCUGGCACCAUCAUAACAUUAGGAAGAAUGAUUACGGGAGGCUCGAGCUUCGAACUCGGUAUCAAAGACACGCCAGUGCAUGUGGCUCGUAAUGGUUUUAUCCCGCGACUCAAAUGGAUCUCUUCAAAAUUCUUUCUGCUCUGGGACGAGAACGAUAAACGCGGAUGGCUGACUAACGGCACGAGCGCUUUAUUGCACGUUGUAAGAGCGUCUUUAGCAUUUGACAGCACUGACAAGUUCCAAUCAGCUUUUAUCUUCAAGGCUGAUGACUUACAAGAGUCACCCAAACCCUUCACGGCUGAUUCAGCAAUUGAUGUACUCAUCAACCCUAAGAACCAAGCUCUGAAGCUCUAUCCAGAAAGGAACGGCUUUAUCGUCCUGGCAGACAGAAUUGAUCAGUACUACAAUGUGCUUGAAAAGAUGCUCGACCAUCAGACAGAUAUCGCCAGGCGUCACCGCGGAAACCUUGGGAACAUGCCACGAAAGUACCUCGAGGGAUGGGACUUCGAGGACCUGAGCGCGAACCGUGAUCCGUUACAUCCACGGUUAGUCACCCUUGACCCUGCUGGGAAGGGAUGGGUUGACUUGACGAGGGCACUUCAGGCCGUAACGCUGACAGGACGCGGCUUUGGAGAACUUGUUCGACCGGUUGGCCCAGCUCCUUGCGAGACUUGGUCUCAACUUCCGCGUCAUCGAUACCUUCUUGCGUGCUGUGUCUCGGAUAUGGAGGAUAUCGUUAGAGACCAUCGCAGUUCUAGCGAUGACUAUAUCCGGCUAAGUGACGAUCUUAUAUGGCAUAAUGCGGUCAACAUCUCCGGAAGAUGCCAUUGUGGCUGUGUUACUGCACAUCAUGGAGAACCAGUCCAUGUACUUUUCCCAUCUGCACUAUCUCACAAGUUAUGUGCCAGAGGGAUUCCCAUGGCUAUCGAAGGUGGUGGUGCUAUAGUGUUUGGACAUAAUCCGGGCUUUUCUUGGAUUUGGGGAGAUGUUGGUCCUCCUACGCAACAACAACCAGGAGAGGAGGUAACUGUCAGUCAUCUAUCAGACGAGGCAGAUGCAGACAGUGGAGUUGGUGCGAGUCUCGUGACCUCCUCAAUACGGAGUUCGAGUGUAUCACGUCAACUAUCGUCAGUGGGGAGGUCGCCCAAGAGCAGAGCUGUUCCGUUGAUCGAGAGCAAGUAUUACGCACGAAGCCAAUAUACGGUUGGCAUCCUGUGCGCGUUACCGGUUGAGCUGAAGGCAAUACGAGUCCUGUUUGAUCAAAGACACCAGAGCAUGGCAAGCGUGCUCGGUGACAACAAUCAGUAUGCACUGGGCGAGAUAUCACAGCAUCUGGUGGUAGCAACAUCUCUUCCAGCUGGAGAAUAUGGAACAAAUGCAGCUGCAUCAGCAAUAUCUGAUAUGACGCGCAGCUUCAUGUCUAUACAGUUCUGCUUAUUGGUUGGCAUCGCUGGUGGUGCACCCUCGGAUAGUGAUGAUAUCAGACUAGGCGACGUUGUUGUCAGUUUACCUACCAGCACAUUCCCUGGUGUGAUCCAGUACGAUCUAGGGAAGGAGAAUGAGGGAACCGACUUUGAGGUGACAGGCAUAUUGCGCCGACCGCCUCGCAUCUUGACUAAUGCUAUUAGCAAGAUCCGUUCGGACCCAGAUAUCGGGUUUGAUGCCCUGAACCCAUACCUUACAGAAAUCGUCAAAUCACUGCCAUCUUAUGGUAACCCGGGUCAAGAGCUGGACGUAUUAUUCCGCACUUCUUGUUCUCGCAGGAAUUGCAAGCCCGACUGCUCACAUCUUGAGACGCGAGUCCCACGGUUGACAACAGAACCCAGGAUCCAUUAUGGACUGGUAGCAUCGGGUAACCGUGUGAUCAAAGAUGCGACUUUGCGUGAUCGGCUGUCACGCAAGUUCGGAGCGCUAUGCUUUGAGAUGGAAGCUGCGGGGGUAAUGAAUAGGGCGGAUUGUCUUGUGAUAAGAGGGAUAUGCGACUACAGUGAUGCUCAGAAGAACAAAGUCUGGCAGAACUACGCUGCUGCUGUAGCCGCAGCAUACGCUAAGCUUUUGCUGAGUGCGGUAGCGGUAGUGACCGACCUGCCCGGCAACUUGGUGAGACCAGAAAAUGAGCCUGCGUUCAAGAGGCGAAGGAUCAAUACUGGCAAUGAAGGGCAUGAAUAACACAGAUAUUGAGCCGUGAAGAGCAUCUAUGAG